GAAACCCCGGGCGGCGGCGGGCCCCGGCGAUAGCGCCCUUAUCGGGCCCCCGGGUUAUUUCUAGCCGGGAGGCCGCGCUGCGGUCUGCGGGGGGCGCGGCGGGGGUGGGCGGCCGUCGCCCGGGCCUGCAGCCCGCGCCGCGCGUCCAGAGCCAGCCGGGUCGCCGUCCUCUCGCCAUGGGCUCGGGGCCGCGCGGGGCGCUGGGCCUGCUGCCGCCGCUGUUGCUGCUGCUCGCGCCGCCCGGCCGCCCGGCCGCCGGCUGCCCGGCCCCCUGCCGCUGCGCGGGGACGCGCGUGGACUGCGGGCGCCUCGGGCUGACGCGGGCCUCGCUGCCGGCCGCCUUCCCGCCCGACACCACCGAGCUGGUCCUGGCGGGCAACAACCUGACGGCGCUGCCGCCGGGGCUGCUGGACGCGCUGCCCGCGCUGCGCGCCGCGCACCUGGGCGCCAACCCCUGGCGCUGCGACUGCCAGCUGGUGCCGCUGCGCGCCUGGCUGGCCGGCCGGCCCGAGCGCGCGCUCUACCGCGACCUGCGCUGCGCCGCGCCCCCCGCGCUGCGCGGCCGCCUGGUGCCCUACCUGGGCGAGGACGAGCUGCGCGCCGCCUGCGCGCCCGGCGCCCUCUGCUGGGGGGCGCUGGCGGCGCAGCUGGCGCUGCUGGGCCUCGGGCUGCUGCACGCGCUGCUGCUGCUGCUGCUGCUCUGCCGCCUGCGGCGGCUGCGCGCCCGCGCCCGCACCCGCCCGGCGCUCACCGCCCCGCUGCUGGCCGAGCCCGCGGGCGGCGGCGACUCCUGAGCGCGAGCGA